CCGGCCGGACCUGCUCCUCUGGCCGAGCCCCGGAGCUCGGAGCCCUGCGGUGGCCAGCGGCGCCAUGGAAGCGGACGCGGACCCCGAGGAGCUGGCCCGGCUGCGCUCGGUCUUCGCUACUUAUGACACGAACUGCUCCGGGCGCCUGGGGCGUGCGGAGUUCGAUGCUCUGUGCGCCGAGCUGCACGUGGCCGAGGCCGAAGCGGAGGCAGUGUUUCGGGGGCUCGACACCGACCGCGACGGCGCCAUCACUUUCCCGGAGUUCGCGCGCGGCUUCCGCGGAGCGCUCGGCCGGGACAGCGCAGAAGCCCAGAGCUACUGGGACGCGGCGGAGCCGGAGAGCCCAGGCCCGGCGUGGCGGGACUUCCACGCGCGCCUCGGAGACGAGGCCCAGCUCAUUCCCAGAAAAGAACAAGUUAGUACCCUGUACCAGAAUAUCAACCUUGUGGAGCCCAGACUAAUCCAGCCGUACGAACAUGUGAUCAGGAACUUUCUCCAUGAGAUCAAACUUCAGAGCACAGAAAUGGAAAACUUGGCCAUUGCAGUGAAGAGAGCCCAGGACAAGGCAGCCAUUCAGCUGAGUGUGUUGGAAGAGGAAAUGGAUCAGAGGAUUCAUGCAGUGGAAAAUGAGACCCGGAAAGAUGUGAGCUUUUGGAUUGGCCAUUCAUUCUUCUGGCACUUCUCUUGGUGCCUAGGCUUGAGGACAGGAGGCCUUACUAUUAAGUACCCUCUGUAA